GUAUCACUUCGCCCACAGAGGAAAUGCUCCUAGACCAAUCACAACUGUGUUUACACCAUCACCUGUCAAACACACACCCUGGGCUAUAUUUUCUUUCUGAAAGGAGCUGAAACACACACUCAUACUGAAGUGCCUACGGUAGCCGCUAACUGGACGGACUCUCUGGCAAUUGACCUUUAGCAGUGGAAUAGUGGAAUAAGUCUUGAACCAUGAGCUCAGUGGCAGUGUUGACUCCGGAGAGCUUUGCAGAACAUCGCAGUGGCCUCAAGGACCAGGAGAUUACAGGCUGCGUCCCAGAGGAUGAGGCCUACAUCCCCACCUAUCUGGAGGCCUUCCCGCCACUGCCGGAGAAGGGGGCACCUGGGGAGAAGGCUGGGGAGCCAGCGUCAGCAUGGGGCAGCAAGAUCAGGCCCAUUAAAGCCUCUGUCAUCACCCAGGUGUUCCACGUGCCCCUGGAGGAGCGUCGCUACAAGGACAACAGUCAGUUUGGUGAAGGCGAGGAGGCCAAAGUGUGCUUGGACAUCAUGCAGCGGACCGGAGCCCACAUUGAGCUGUCUCUUGCCAAAGACCAGGGCCUGUCCAUCAUGGUCACCGGCAAAUUGGACUCUGUCAUGAAGGCUCGCAAGGAAAUCGUAGCUCGCUUGCAGACACAGGCCUCAGCUACAGUCGCCAUCCCUAAGGAGCACCAUCGUUUUGUCAUUGGUAAAAACGGCGAGAAGCUGCAGGAGCUGGAGCUGAAAACCGCCACCAAGAUCACUAUUCCACGUCCUGACGACCCCAGCGCCAACAUCCGCAUCACUGGCACCAAGGAGGGCAUCGAGAAGGCUCGCCAUGAAAUACUUCUCAUCUCUGCUGAGCAGGACAAGCGUGCCGUGGAGCGCCUGUCCCUGGAGAAGGCUUUCCACCCCUUCAUCGCCGGUGCCCACAAUCGUUUGGUGCAGGAACUGAGCCAGGAGACGGGCGCCCGCAUCAGCAUCCCUCCGCCCAGCUUGCCCAAGGACGAGAUUGUCAUCACCGGGGAGAAGGAGGCCGUUGCCUUGGCGCUUAACCGCAUCCGAGCCAUCUACGAUGACAAGAAGAGGAAGACCACAACCAUCUCUGUGGAGGUGAAGAAGUCUCAGCAUAAGUACAUCAUAGGUCCAAAGGGCAACACCCUGCAAGAGAUCCUGGAGGCCACGGGGGUGUCUGUGGAGAUGCCUCCUCUGGACUCCAGCUCAGAGACCAUCAUCCUCCGAGGGGAGCCCGACAAGCUGGGACCAGCUCUCACGCAGGUGUACGCCAAGGCUAAAAGUGUGAUGGUGGUGGAGGUGACUGCUCCAGCCUGGCUGCAUCGCUUCAUCAUCGGCAAGAAAGGACAGAACAUCGGGCGGAUCACACAGCAGCUUCCACGGGUUCACAUAGAGUUUACGGAUGGUGAGGAGCGCAUCAGUCUGGAGGGGCCGACAGAGGAGGUGGAGCAGGCUCAGGCCCAGAUACAGGAGAUCAUCAAGGACCUGUUGGUGAGGAUGGACUACACUGAAGUAUUCAUAGACCAGCGUUUCCACAGACACCUCAUUGGCAAGAACGGGGCCAACAUCAAUCGCAUCAAGGAACAGUACAAAGUGUCGGUACGAAUCCCCCAAGACUCAGAGCGAAGUGGCCCGGUCCGGAUUGAGGGAGACCCUAAAGGAGUCCAGCUGGCACGCAGAGAGCUCAUUGAGAUGGUUCAGAGAAUGGAAAACGAGCGCACCAAAGACCUGAUCGUGGAGCAGAAGUUCCAUCGGACAAUCAUUGGCCAGAAGGGAGAAAAGAUCAAAGAAGUUCGGGACAAGUUUCCUGAGGUUAUUAUCAAUUUCCCUGACCCGUCGCAGAAGAGUGACAUUGUCCAGCUGAGAGGGCCAAAGAAUGAAGUGGAGAAAUGUGCCAAGUUCCUCCAUAAAAUCAUUGCUGACCUGAUUGAGAACAGCUUCUCGCUGUCCGUCCCCGUCUACAAACAGUUUCACAAAAACAUCAUUGGUAAGGGAGGCGCUAACAUCAAAAAGAUCCGCGAGGAGACCAACACUAAGAUCGAUCUGCCGACAGAGAACAGUAACUCUGAGACGAUCGUCAUCACAGGCAAGAAGAGCAACUGUGAGGCAGCCAGAGACCGAAUCAUCACCAUCCAGAGAGAACUGACCAACAUUAAGGAGACAGAGGUCACCAUCCCAGCCAAGCUGCACAACUCUCUGAUUGGCUCCAAAGGCUGCCUCGUGCGCUCCAUCAUGGAAGACUGCGGCGGCGUCCACAUCCAUUUCCCCUCUGAGGGCUCCGGCUCGGACAAAGUCAUCAUCAGAGGCACCACUGGUGAGGUGGAGAAGGCAAAGAAACAGCUGCUGCAGCUGGCUGAGGAGAAGCAAGUCAACAACUUCACAGCUGAACUUCAAGCAAAACCAGAGUACCAUAAAUUCCUGAUCGGCCGUGGAGGGGCAAAUAUCCGCCGAGUGCGGGACAGGACGGGGGCUCGCAUCAUCUUCCCAUCACCAGAUGACACAGAACAGGAACUGAUCACCAUUGUAGGGAUUUUUUUCCAGGCCCAGAAGGAGCUGGAGAGCCUUGUGAAAAACCUGGAUAAUGUGGUGGAAGACAGCAUGACAGUGGAUGGUCGCCACCACCGCCACUUUGUGUGUCGGAGAGGUCAAGUGCUGCGGGAGUUGGCUGAGGAAUACGGUGGUGUGGCCGUGAGCUUUCCUCGUACCGGAGCUAACAGUCAGCGAGUCACUCUGAAAGGAGCCAAGGACUGCGUGGAAGCAGCGAAGAAACGCAUCCAGGAGAUCAUUGAGGACCUGGAGUCCCAGGUGAGCGUGGAGGUGGCCAUCCCUCAGCGCUACCACCGCGCUGUUAUGGGACCUAAAGGCUGCCGCAUCCAGCACAUCACCAGGGAGCAUGAAGUCCAAAUCAAGUUCCCCGAGAGAGAGGACAAUACUGCAGGUCAGGAAGCCCCAUCACAAGAAAACGGUGAGGUCAGUCCAGAGACAGAGUUUGUCCCCCGCAAGUGUGACAUCAUCACCAUCUCUGGGCGAGCGGAGAAGUGUGAAACGGCUAAAUCUGCCUUGCUGGCGCUGGUCCCCAUAACGGAGGAUGUCGAGGUGUCCUACGAGUUGCAUCGCUACAUCAUUGGCCAGAAAGGCAGCGGCAUCAGGAAGAUGAUGGAGGAGUACGAGGUGAACAUCUGGGUGCCGCAGCCUGAGAAGCAGCUGGAUGUGAUCAAGGUGACGGGUCUGGCAACCAACGUGGUGCGAGCCAAACAGGGUCUGCUGGACAGGGUCAAAGAACUGCAGGCCGAGCAGGAGGACAGGGCCCUGCGCAGCUUCAAGGUAACCAUGCCUGUAGAUCCAAAAUUUCAUCCCAAGAUCAUCGGUCGCAAGGGAGCGGUCAUCUCUCAGAUCAGGAAAGACCACGACGUCAGCAUCCAGUUCCCUGACAAAGGAGACGAGCAGCAGGAUCUGAUCGUGAUCUCGGGUUAUGAGCGUAACGUGGAGGAGGCACGUCAAGCCAUCCAGCAGUUGGUGGCCGAGUUCCAAGAGAUGGUGAGCCAAGACAUUCACCUGGACCCGAGGACCCAUGCUCGCAUCAUCGGCGCCCGCGGCAAAGCCAUCCGCAAGCUGAUGGAGGAGUUCAAGGUAGAUAUCCGGUUCCCGCAGCCAGGUUCCGACGAGCCCGAUAAAGUGACCGUCACGGGCCUUCCUGAGACUGUCGACAACGCCAUCGACCACCUGCUCAACCUGGAGGAGGAAUAUAUGCUCAGUGUGACAGAGACGGAGACCUUGGCAGCGUACAUGAAGCCGCCGUCUCGCUAUGGAGGUGGAGGGGGAGCAGGAGGGGUUGACGAUAACAGCGGGGCUCCAGCUAAGGGCUUUGUGGUGCGGGACGCCCCCUGGAAUGCAGCAGGGAACAAGGCUCCUGACAUGAGCAGUGCAGAGGACUUCCCUACAUUUGGGACAACAGUGGCCCCGAAACAAGCGUCAGCCUGGGGCCCCAAGAAGUUCUGAAGCCACUCAUCUGGAGGAAAAAAAAAAACUUCUGUAAAGUAGAUAAUGAGAGACGACAAAUGUCUAAUCAAAUUGCUGCUCGCCUUCCUUCCUCCCUCCUCCUCUCCUCUCUUUAGUGACCUCCCUUAUAGCCCUUUUCAGACAUGGGAUACGUAACAUUUCUGGCUUCAUCAGUCUGUUAAAGUGACAGCUUUCUGUCCUUCAGUCACUUUUACGUUAAUGUUCCUCAGGGCUUCACUCACACUUACCCAUGACCGUGACGGAGAGCACUACAGUACACAUGCAAUAUUUGCCAUACGUGUGCGAUUGGACAGUAAAUCAAGUGAAGUAUAAUGUAGAAGGCCAGAGUUUUCUUACUACAGCAGGGCAGAGGAACCUGAGAAUUGUUUUUUCUCGUUAUUGCUGUUUAGGGCAUUCUCCAAUACAAUCAUUUGUACAACUCGACAUGUACCGACACAUGCAGUGAUAUUUACUGAGGUUUUGUGGCUCAUUUUUGGCACUCAACAGUGAAACUACAUGCAUUCUUACUUACUAAGGAGUUGCACUUAGGUUUUGUGUCAGAGAAAAGAAGAAAUGUGGCACCGCAGGAAUUUGUGUGUUUGGUCUCAUGCACUAUGUAUUUUAAAGCGUUCCCGUCCAGGACACAGAAUAAGGGAGGCGAGAAUGGAAAUGGAAAGAAAUACUCUGGUUUAACUGCAACUGAUAUCUGACAUCAGGAGAGAACAGGUGUAAAAUCUGUGUCCCUGCUCUUAGCGUCCUCUGAGACCUCGUUGGAGUUAAGAACCGAAAGGCCAGAGGAGCCCGCUCAAUGGCCAGAGGAGAACGAGGGACUUUUACAGGCUUCCAGGUCAAACCAGGCUUCGAUUACUGAACAAAAGAAAAGAUGAUUUGGCUGCAGAUGACUGUGAUUGCACUUCCGAAAUACAUUUGCUGGUUUCUUCACCCAACAUUAAAGUUCAGUAGCAGUAAACUUGCGCUCCCUCUCAGCCUGCCUGUGCACCAUACAGGCACCAGGUCUUUAAGUGCACUCUAACACUGCUGCGGCUGUGCUCAUCUACAUCAUCAGUGUAAACUGUGAAUUGAAAAAUUGUGAUGAUGCAGUUUUGUUUGCACCUGGCGCUAAUUUGCAGCAGGUUUAGUAAAUAUUCUCCUCCUUGUGAUUAGUAGGCCCACUACUGUAUAUGUAACAUCAACUUACGUCAGUGCAUCAUAAUCUUGUGGUGCCUGUCUGUUAAUGCGACUUCAUGUAGUUAAGCCUUGUGCCGUGUUAAAGUGCUAUGUAAAUGUUAGUAGAGCCUGUCGACCUGGUAGGAUUGCUGUCGCGACUUUUACGGAAAAGUGACGCGGGUGCUCAUUCAGACAUGAAGCUGACACAUACAGAUGCCAUCACAUUAAUGGAAAAGGGUGCAUGUCUGAAAGGGGCUUUUGUCUCUCUGUAAACUAUUUGUACUGUCCUCCCACAACCAGCCACAAUGAAUUCUGGGAGAACUAUCAUUCUUUUUCCCUUAUGUCUCUUGGUACUUCCACCUCCUCUUUCCUUUUAAGACAAAAACAAAAAAGAACACGGAGCUCCCUCUUCAUAGUUUUCCUGUCCCGCUCUGCCUCUCGGUGGCCCCACCUCUGCUGCUCCUGCUGGAACACUUCAGAAACUGUCCUCUGUUCUCACCUACACCUGCCCAAACUCUCCCUGCAACGUCCUCAUUGUAGUACUUUAGAAAUGCCUCUUCAGAGACUUUUGAGGCAGGGGAGUUGAGUCAAAGAGCGCUGGGAAAAUAUCCUCAAACAGCUGAUCGGGACGCUUUCAGGGAGAUGGUGGUAUUCUUGGACUGAGUCCGAAUUCCUGGAUUUUUAAGCUUGCAGAAACCAGAAAGGGGACUCUGUGUUUUACUGUGCAAGAAGAGUCUGUAAUCAUCUCUUUACAUUCUUUUCCUGUGGUUUUUAUAAGGAGGUUUCUUGUCGGCUCACCUGUCCAGACAGUAAUGUGGCGCAGCAGCUGAGGCGAUGCGCUCUAUGUGUGUGUCUGUGUGUUGGUGGGUUCAGGAGAGGUUUAUUCAGCCGCAAGUGUUUGUAGGUCCCCUGUUUAUUUCAGAGCUAGGAGCAAAAACGGCUGCUGUAGUCGGCUUCCUGGAUGUUUUCUUUUUAAAUGGUGACAAAGCCGAAGACGUGGAAUUUGUGUGCUGGCUGUUUGUGGUGAAGGCCAUUUUGUCACAACUGUUUAUUUAUUCAAAACGGAGCCAUUUUAUUUCAACUACUGUGAUCAUGCGUUUUUAUAAAAGCACUCAUUGUAGCUUGAUGCUUUCAACUUGUGUUUGGGAGUGAAUGUUGUAUGAGAUCAUGUCAAGCGUUGUUAUGUGUAAGUGUACAAAGAACUUUUUGCUAUUUUUUUAAACUGUGUGGGAUUUCUUUGUUGUUGGUUUCCGGUAUAUUUGAAAGACUAUGUAUGUGUGUGCGUGUGGAGGUUAAGAUGUAUAUUUGAAUGAAGCUGAACUGAACUUUUA